CCUUGGCUUUGCUCCCCACACUGCCAAGUGCCAAAACACAUCACCUAUUCACCUCCCUCCCGUUUUCCCAAACUGAGCCACCGAGCUAGAGGCCGGGAAUAGUAUUCUUCUAGCCCGUCUCGAGAGCCUUCUCCCAAUGGCCAAGCACGUUGCCGCCCUCCUGCUGCUACUGAUGGCGGUCGCCGUAACCACGGCCCCGCCGUCAGCGGCGUUCCUGGUCCAGCCCCAGCCGAACCUCCUCACGUACCACAACGGCGCCGUACUGAGCGGCGACAUCCCUGUCUCCAUCCUAUGGUACGGCCGCUUCACGCCGGCGCAGAAGGCCGUCGUCUCCGACUUACUCCUCUCCCUCUCCGCGACGCCGUCGUCGUCGUCCCGCGCCCCGUCCGUCGCGCAGUGGUGGAGCAGCAUCAACCGGCUCUACCUCUCCAAGGCGGCGGCCGUCGGCAAGAACGGCGCCCACGGCGACGCCGGGAGCGCGCGGGUGGUCUUGGCCGGGCAGGUCUCCGACGAGGCGUGCUCGCUUGGGAAAAGCCUCAAGAUGUCCCAGCUCCCGGCGCUCGCGGCCGCGGCGCGCCCCGCCAAGGCUGGCGGCAUCGCGCUGGUGCUCACGGCGCAGGACGUGGCGGUGGAGGGCUUCUGCGCGAGCCGGUGCGGGCACCACGGGUCGUACGGCGGCGGCGGCGGCGGCGCCCGCGCGGCGUACGCGUGGGUGGGGAACCCGGGCGCGCAGUGCCCCGGGCAGUGCGCGUGGCCGUUCCACCAGCCGGCGUACGGGCCCCAGGCGCCGCCGCUGGUGCCGCCGAACGGGGACGCCGGCAUGGACGGCGCGGUGAUCAGCGUGGCCGCCAUGGUGGCCGGCGCGGUGACCAACCCGUUCGGGGACGGGUUCUACCAGGGCGACCGCGGCGCGCCGCUGGAGGCCGCCACGGCGUGCGCGGGCGUCUACGGCAGCGGCGCCUACCCCGGGUACGCCGGGCGGCUGCUGGUGGACGCGGCGACGGGCGCCAGCUACAACGCGCGCGGCGCGCGCGGGAGGAAGUACCUGCUCCCGGCGCUGUUCGACCCCGACACGUCGGCGUGCUCCACGCUGGUGUAGCCGCCGUACGUAGACCCGAUCGUGCCGAGGUGACGGACCCUCCAAAUUAAAAAAAAAAUGUUUCUCAAGUGUUGCUAUCUGUGUAAAUACUGUAUAGACCUAUAGUACAGUGAGUAUCAUCGUACGUAUACGUACGUAGCUGCCGGCCGGGCAGUGCUAAAUAAAGGGCCUGUGAAUUGUACGUAGUAUCGUACUAUCGUGUACCGCAGCUGGCAUGUACGGUGGAGCUCAGGAAGCUUAUCGGCUAGGGCCUAGGGGAUGAGGCCUGAGGAAGACGACGCCACGCCGAGAAGGGAGAUCCAGUCCGUGCUGCCUUAUUGGGAGUUUGGGACACCAAAAGGAAUGCGCGCAUCAUGGAAUGACACGUAAGGUACGGUUUGCUGGCGACCAUACCGCACGUGUGGCCCCAGGAUGGCGACAGCAUGGACGUGCUUUUCUUAAAUGGGACAGGAUACAUUUUGUGACGGGUCAUGGUAAGUAGCCCGUAAUUACUAGAAUAAAUUCCCUGUAUGUCAUUGGAAAAUAGAUGUGAUCCCUUAUAUGCCAUUGAAAAUUACCUCA